AUGGAUAAUAAUGAUGGAAAUGAAAAAUAUAAAGAUUCAACUGACAUGAAGAAAAAGGAUUUUAGAGCACCAGCAUCUUUGAGUGUUUUAUCCUAUGUAAAUUCAAGAAAAUCAGAGAUCAAUCAAUUCCUCAAAGCUAUUACCACCAAAAAGAGUAAUACAAGAGCAUUUCAAAGUUUACCUCGUUAUCUUAGAAGAAGAACAAUGAGUCAUAAUGUUUACAGAUUACCAGUCCAUUUAAGAAAAAGAGCACAAAAUGAAAUUGAAAAAUCAGCACAAACUAAUAAAUCGGAAGGUGGUAAAUUAUUAAGAGAGAAAACAGUUGUUAGAAAAGCAAAGAGAAGACCAGCUUAUUUAUUAAGAGAUUAUGAAAGAAGACAAAAAACAUUUAAAUGGUUAGAGACACAUAUUUGGCAUGCAAAAAGGAUGAAGAUGUUAAGUAUUUGGGGACAUAAGAUUGCUAAAUCAAUCAAUGGUAAAGGUGUUAGAUCAACUUUUAGAGCAUCUUCACAUUUUUGUACAUUAUAUGAUUGUUCAUACUAUCAGUGCAUUGAAAUCACAGGUUUAGAAUCAAAUAUCAUAAAUUUCUUUUCAACCAUAACAGAUCCAAAUUCAACUCCAAUUUCAAAUAAAUCUUAUUUAACAGGUUCAAGAGAAGGUACAAUUGAUAUUUAUUAUAUUGACAGGUUUCCAUUUCAUUUUAUUUGUCCUGCUAAAUAUUUAUGGAAACAACAAGAUAAUAAUAAUAACAACAACAAUAAUGACAAUCAAAGAAAAAUUUGGGUUUGGAUUCAUCCAGCAGCAUUAAAUGAAAUUACUUUUAUUUUUGAAAAAAGUGCAAGUCAAUUUAAUUUGAAUAUUAAUAACUUGGAGCAACAAUUACAAAGAUUUGAAUUAACAGGUUCAAAAUCACACUCAAUAUUAAAUUCAAUUUUAUAUUUAAAUCAACAACAACAACAAAAUAAUGAAAAUAAAGAUCAAUUGGAAUCAAAUCAAGUUUGGAGUUUAUUAAAUACAUUAAGAACACCUGCAACAUUACCAAAAGGUACUGUUAUUUCAUUAAGAGUUCAUGAUCCAAGAUUAGUUUGUAGAAUACCAGAAGAGGUUGCACUUCAAGUUAGAUCAAUUGCAAAACCAAAUAUUAAAGAUUCUACUACCACCACCACUAAAAUUAAUCAUUCAAUAAAUCAAAUCAUAGUUAAUUGGAAUAAAAUUUGUAAACAAGUAGCAGUAUCAGAGCUUUGGGAUGAAGAAAAGAGAUCAUAUAUGUCAAAGAAUAUUGAAGAAAAUCAUAAAGUAAAUGAAAGAAGAAAAAGAAUUAAAGAUUUAAAUGAUCAAAAAAAUUCAUUUAUUAAAGAUGAUAAUAGCACUACCAAAAAUCAAUUACCACCAUCGACACCAACAAUUAUGUUAAUUCAAAGGGAUGGUGGAUUAACAAGAGGAUAUGGAUCAGGUUGGGAUAUAAUUGUACCAGGUGGUUGGGGUUUAGCAUUUUGGAUACCUUUAAUUUAUGCUGGUGCAUGGUCAAUUGGUUUAGAGGAUAGAGAUAGAAUGCUUUUGGAACAAGGUUUACCAAGUUUUCCAAGAGAUUAUCCAGAUUCAAAAUCAUGUGAUUCCUAUUAUGAUAUGACAACCACAGUUUUAGAACAAAAAUUUAAAAAAACACCACCUUCAAAAAGAAUAAAUUAUUUAAAAAAUUCAGUUUUCUUUCCAUUUAGACCUUGUUGGAAUUGGAUUUUAAGAUAUAAUAAAAAUGAAAUUUUGGAUUUUAAUCAACCAUCAUCAAAACAACCACAACAAAAUGAUACAACAAUAACAACCUCUAAAAAAUCAAAUCAAGAAGAACAUAAAUCUAAAAAAUUAAAAAAUAUAAUUGGUACUGAUGGCGAAUUAAUUUUAUCACCACAACCAUACUUUGUAUAUAGAGGUAAAUUAGCCCUAUCACUUUUAGAACCUUCAAAUUAUCCAAUUAUGAAAAAUAAUAUAAAUAUUCCAUUUAAUCAAGAAACUAUUAAUGAAGCGAAUGAUAGAGGAUUGGUUAGAGUUAGUAUUAAAAUGUUUAAUCGUGGUAAACCAUUACCAAAUUCAAUAAUUUAUGAACCUUUGGAAUCAGAUAUUCAAUUAUUAUCAUAUAAAUACUAUAAAAGAGAUUAUAAACCAAUUGAACUGAUAACACCAAAAUUAACAAAAAAUAAUAUGCCAAAUACAAUUGAUCAACUUUAUAAGUAUUAUGAUGAAAUGACUAGAAAACCAAUUGGAUACGUUACCAAUGGUGAACAAUCAUUAGUUAGAGGUUUUGGUAGUGGAGUUGGUUUUUGUUCUGCUGUUGAUUUCAUUCGUCUUCAUAAUUUAUCAACUGAAAAGAAUUAUUCACCAAAAGGAUUUGCUUUUAUUCAAAAUCCAAAAUCCAAAACUUUAUAUCCAAUCAUUUUAACUAUUCAACCUUAA